UUUUUUUGAAAAAAAAGUAAGCCUUAAGAACGUGUGACACAAAAAUUUUCCUUUGUAAAAAUGAUGAUGGCGUCUGAUGAUAAAGCGAACUGCGUACUGAAUUAUUUCACAUUUGAAAUAUCAAAUCUUACAAAUCAUUCGACACAAAGUUUGCCAAUUUAUGAAAUUAUAGCUGAUACACAAAAUGGUCAUAUACAGAUUAUGAAUCCUGAGAAUUUUAUCACAAAUUCAGCGAUCAAUACUCAAAUGUCAAUAGACAAUGACAUAAAUCAAACAGAUGAUGAAUCAGACGAUUACGAUAAUAGUAAAAAUAAUGAAAGUAAUGUCAAUAUAAUAGAAAGUUUAAUUAUAACCAAUGCAAGUUCACAAGAUCAAGAUUAUUCAGCUAAUGAAUGUGAGACUCAGUCAGAGAAUUGCGAUGAUCUAAUCGAUGAGGAUGAGAAUGAUGAGAAUAAUAAUGAGAACGAGGAUGAAUCUGAUGAUCUUGAGGAUCUUACAAAUCUUAAUUGGCUGACUGAACUUAAAAAUAUUACAAACUUACCGCCAGCUGCAAAUGAUAUUAAUGAAAAACCGUGCGAUCCACCUUCACAGAGAUUUGAUAAAUUCAUUUCACAAGUCAAUAAAAUGAGAGAAAAUUAUGAAAAGCGAAGAUUCCUUUAUGAAACUGUGACGAGUGAAAAGCCACCAUUCAAUUAUGCACAAAUUAUUGGAAUGGCAUUAAUCGAUGAAGGACGUAUGACACUUAAGCAGAUUUGUGAUUGGAUCGAGAAGAAAUUUGCAUAUUAUAAAUUUCAUAGAAAUUGGAAUAAUUCAAUACGUCACAACCUAUCACUGAACUUCUUCUUUACAAAAGUGGCACGCGAUAAAAAUGAAAAAGGCAAAGGCGGAUAUUGGGAAUUGGCGGUUGAUGUUCACAAAACAGCACGAAAACGCAUCCGGCAUCGUCGGAAGAAAAUCGGUGAUAUGCAAUUCCAGUCAUCAACCACAAAAACAAAUUCAUUUAACCGUAAUGGACGUUCGUUGAGAUCAAGAAUAAAUUCAAGGAAGGAAUCAUCGCCGUUCAACGAGAUGUCGGUAAAGUCUGUAGGCAGUAGCAAUGUUUCGGAUUUCAUAAGCAGUCCCUCGAAUAUUAAUGAAGAUUCAAAUCCGUCAAUGGAGGAGCAGAACGUGACUGAAAUAGAGAUUGUUGAGGAGCAACAGAACAUUAACAAUAUCAUUGAUGAUAAUCAGAACGCAAUCAUUAUUCCAAAUCCGACACUUUAUGAUAGUCCAAAUGUCAUUGUUGAGGCAAUUCCAACCUAUCAAUUUAAUCAAUUUAAUCAUAUUGAGAAUUUCGAUGAAAACGAAUUGAACCAAUUAAUUUGCAUGAAUGAUCAAGAGCUGAUUGAUGAUUUUCUCAAUUUCAACAGUGGCAAUGAGGAAUUUUUGUAA